GGAUGCUGAUGUCGUCACAGUUUAAUAUUUCUCAGAAUCCUAUGCGUGGUAGUAGUGCAUCUUCCAGUUAUCAACAAACCACUAUCUCCCAUAGCCCUUCCAGCCGGUUUGUGCCACCACAGACAAGCUCUGGUAACAGAUUCCUGGCACAACAGAACAGUCCAGUGCCUAGUCCAUAUGCUCCUCAAAGUCCUGCAGGAUAUGUGCCAUAUUCACAUCCUCCGAGCUACACACCGCAUCCUCAGUUGCAGCAAGCUUCAGUGUCCAGUCCCAUUAUCACAGCUGGGAUAAGGAAUCUCCAUGAAAGUAAAGUUUCCAGUCAGUUGUCUGGAAGUUCAGCUAAUCAUCAUGCUGAUAAUUCUAGGCAUGGCUCAAAUGAAGACUACCUACAGAUGGUGCACAGACUAAGUAGUGAAGAUGGCGAUCCUUCAAUAAGGAAUGCUGCACCUUUUUCCUUGAGAUCACCGCUGUCAGUCUGCUCUCCAGCUGGAAGUGAUGGAACUCCUAAAGGAUCAAGACCACCUUUAAUCCUACAAUCUCAGCCUCCACCUUAUUCAUCACCUAGAGAUGUUCCCCCAGACAUAUUGUUAGAUUCUCCAGAAAGAAAGCAAAAGAAACAAAAGAAAAUGAAGUUAGGCAAGGAUGAAAAAGACCAGACUGAAAAAGCUGCAAUGUACGAUAUCAUUAGUUCUCCUUCCAAGGACUCCACUAAGCUUACAUUAAGACUCUCUCGUGUAAGAUCUUCGGAUUUGGACCAGCAGGAUGAUAUGCUUUGUGGUUUGGAAAACAGCAGUGUAUCAGAGGGUGAUAUUCCUUUUAAUGUGCAGUACCCAGGACAGACUUCUAAAACACCCGUUACUCCACAGGAUGUUAACCGCCCAGUAAACACUGCUCAGUGUUUGCCGCAGCAUGAACAGACAGUUUUCCUUCAGGCACAAGUGCCUGUUUUACAACAGAACACUUCAGUUGCUGCAAAACAACCUCAAACUCCUGUGGUGCAGACACAGCAUCAGGUUUCGCAACAAGGAACUAUAACGUCAUAUGAUGAAGUAGAAUUGGAUGCAUUGGCUGAAAUUGAGCGGAUAGAACGUGAAUCAGCUAUUGAAAGGGAGCGAUUUUCAAAAGAAGUGCAAGAUAAAGGUAAAAGGAUU